AUGUAUGAGGGUCCCUCCAUCAUUACGAAUUUCGUUCAGAACUCCUAUUAUAAGGAGGCCUACUUGGAUUUUAAGCCGGUCCAUGCCGAUCCGGUUGAUCACCUGCUACCGUUUCUUGAGGAGCCCUCGGCGGCGGUGGAAAACACAUUAAACGCGUUAACACUGGGUAUCGCCGAGGAAAUGCGCGGUAAUGGGGCGGAUGUGAAGACUUUUCCCGUUCGAUGGCGUGAUCAAACGGCGGAGCAGAUGCGGGGGCAAUUAUUGCCCAUGGUCUCUCAUUAUAAAAUUCAGGGGCUGCUUGUCCAAGAGCGCACUUGUCGUCUCGCGAUUGAGGUAAGCCAGUUCACUUUUCGGCAUAAUUUGAUGUCCGCCUUCAACUACACCGCAUCACUAUCUCAAAGACUUUCUGUGCAUUCGGCGCAGAUGCAGCGUCAGAGGGAAACACUCCCGUUUAAUUCUUAUAAUUACAACAAGUUUUUCUUAUCUCUUCCAAACACCUCGCGGUGGUCUGAAACCCCGAAUGAGGUAAGCCGAAGUGAUCAUGAGGAUGUGUUUUUUAGGCAUUCGUCUAACAGCGACGAGGAGGUGCGUACGGGGUCCACUUCCUUUCCUUCCCAUUCACGCUCUUUUUCACCAUCGCUUCCUAGCCCUGUUUACUACGAAGAAACUUUGUAUGGGGAGUCUGAAACUCAGCGCUAG